GCGCGGGGCGGGCCUCGGCAGCGCGGGCAUCCCCCCCACCAAGGCCUGGCGGGUGGAAGGCGCCAGCAGCCCCGGCUCCGAGUGGCCCGGGCGGUGGGCUGUGCCGGAGUCUCCUCCCUUUGGCCGGCCGCAGGCUUGCAGCCCCAGUGUCGCCACCGCCAUGGCCUCGCAGCAGCUCUUCCGCGCGCUCGUGUCCGCGCAGUGGGUGGCCGAGGCGCUCCGGGCCCCGCGGGCCGGGCAGCCCCUGCAGCUGCUCGACGCCUCCUGGUACCUGCCCAAGCUGGGCCGCGAUGCGCGCCGCGAGUUCGAGGAGCGCCACAUCCCGGGCGCCGCCUUCUUUGACAUCGACCAGUGCAGCGACCGCACGUCGCCCUACGACCACAUGCUGCCCAGCGCGGCACAAUUCGCCGAGUACGCGGGCCGCCUGGGCGUGGGCGCCGCCACCCACGUGGUGGUCUACGACGCCAGCGAUCAGGGCCUCUACGCGGCGCCGCGCGUGUGGUGGAUGUUCCGCGCCUUCGGCCACCGCACCGUGUCGCUGCUCGACGGCGGCCUCCGCAACUGGCUGCGCCAGGGCCUCCCACUGAGCUCGGACAAGAGCCGCCCCACGCCCGCCGAGUUCCACGCGGUGCUGGACCCCGCCUACGUCAAGACGUACGAGGACAUCAAGGAGAACCUCGAAUCCCGGCACUUCCAGGUGGUGGACGCUCGCGCCGCCGGCCGCUUCCGAGGCACCGAGCCGGAGCCCCGAGACGGGAUCGAACCCGGCCACAUUCCCGGCACCAUCAACAUCCCCUUCACAGACUUCAUGACCGAAGAGGGCCUGGAGAAGAGCCCCGAGGAGAUCCACCGCCUCUUCCAGGACAAGAAGGUGGACCUGUCCCAGCCCCUGGUGGCCACAUGUGGCUCCGGUGUCACAGCCUGCCACGUGGCACUGGGGGCCUACCUCUGCGGCAAGCCCAACGUGCCCAUCUACGACGGCUCCUGGGUGGAGUGGUACAUGCGCGCCCAGCCAGAAGAUGUCAUCUCCGAGGGCCGGGGGAAGACCCACUGAGUCUUGGCGGGACACAGGAAGCUCAGGUGACACCCAGCCACCAGCAGUGCCCAGCCCGGUGGUUUGGACUCUGCUCUGACCAGGAUAGUGUUUCUUCCUUCAACUCAGGUGGCACAUGGGGCAACAUCCCUGAAGCCAAGAAUUCCAUUGACUCGCAGGCCCCCAGUGGAGGCAGCAGAGAAGAUGGUGGCGGGCGCACCGGGGAGGGGAGCUGAGCUGGGUCCCCACCUCCCUUCUGUUGAGGAAAUAAAACAGUCAAGCGCUAAA